AUGCUGAAAUUGGAGGAUCGUAUUAAAACUUAUAAACUUAUUGUCUAUUCCUCGUCAUUCUUCUUUAUUUUGAGUAUUUUAUCAUUAUGUAUAACAUUACCGAUGGUUUAUAAUUAUGUUCAUCAUGUACGACAGAAAAUGAAUAGUGAUAUCAUAUUUUGUAAGAGUUCUGUAAAGAAUACUUGGAUGGAAGCACGAGAGCUGCGAAACAAUCCAAUCGAACUGCUGAAUAGAACAGUUCGACAAGCUGGCUAUGAUAUGACUUCAGAACAACAUGCCCCAGGAAUUAGUGGCGGAAUUGGUGGCAGAAUUAGUGGAGGAACUGGUGGCAGAACUAGUGGAGGAAUUAGUGGCGGUAGCUGUGACCGGUGUUGCCAACCUGGUCCUCCCGGUCCAGAAGGACGACGAGGAAACCCAGGGAAACAAGGACGUCCUGGAGCAUCUGGACGCCCAGGAAAUCCAGGACGACCACCACCACGACCAUGUGUACCAGUUACUGCACCACCAUGCAAGCCGUGUCCUCCUGGGCUACCGGGUAGACCUGGUCCAGUUGGACCAAUGGGAGAAACGGGACCACCAGGACAAGCAGGAGAUCCAGGACCCGAUGGACCAGCAGGAGGACAGGGUAUGAAAGGUUCGAAAGGUGGUGAAGGACCAAAAGGACCUCCUGGACCGCCUGGUAAACAAGGCAUGGACGCACAAAAUGAAGCACUACAGCCAGGAGAACCUGGUCCUCCAGGUGAUCAAGGGCCAACAGGGCCACGAGGAAAGGCCGGAAGGCAAGGCAAGAAUGGUGCGACUGGACCACAAGGACCCAGAGGAAAUCCUGGUGCAGAUGGUAGACCAGGCAGAGACGGAAAACCAGGUGAACGAGGACCAGCUGGCAGACCUGGUACAACCGGUGAAAAGGGUCUCUGUCCAAAAUACUGUGCAAAUGAUGGUGGCGUUUUCUUCGAAGAUGGUUCACGCCGUUGA